AUGGCAAUGAUGUGGAUAUCUUUCUUCAUGUCCGGCGUGUUGCUUACAAGUUCUCAAUUUAUCUAUAUGACUGGAAAAGAUGACUGCAGAAGUAAUGAUAUGUAUGAUAAAAUAAUAGAAAACUUUCAAACAUUUCUGAGGCAGCAGAUCAAGCUUAAACGCGAAGUAGAUCAAUUACGACAGGAGAAUACAGACAUCAGAGGCUUGCUGUCUAAAACAGGGAAUUGUAGCUGUACAAAUUCGUCGACAAAUACAAGAAAACAAGUGUAUUUCUCAGCUGGAAUUUCAAAAAUCACGAAUUCUUCCAUCUGGAAUAUCAACAGUGUGAUUGUAUUCAAUAUAGUCAUUUCUAAUGAAGGUGGGACAUACAGUGCUUCCACGGGAGUGUUUACAGCACCGGUGGACGGAGUUUAUGUGUUCAGCUGCUUCAUACUGGCUGAUAAAACGACCUUUUUUGCAUAUUUAGAAGUCAACGGCUUAAGAAAGUUUAACGUUCUUGGCUUAACACCUCCCAGUGCGGUUGAUGAUGUAGACAGUGCUGGAAAUCUUGCAAUUUUGCACCUACAGCAAGGUGACAAGGUUUUGAUGAGACGCACGGGGGGGAGUAAUAUUAGAACUGUAGAAGAUGCGCCUUCCACGACCUUUUCUGGGUUUCUAUUGUACUGAAAUAUCAAGUGGGUCAUAUGUAAAACAUUUUCGAAAUUUAUAUAUAAUGAAAACAAUAAAAAUUGC